AUGCAGAGAUCAACUCGAUCCGGAGCGCCCAAAGAGCUCGAUCUCGAGUGGGUUGCCCGCGAGCUUGUACCAUUCCUGGAAUGGGCCUUUGGUGAGAAUUACGGGCGGCCGCAGAGAUCGAAGGCCUAUUGGGUUGAGAAGGUGAUUUUUGCGAAGUCCAGGAUAGAGAAUGUGCCAUACUACAUCGACUUCCCCUCCACAAUCGACACCCUUCGCCUUUAUCUCGUCAAUAAGGCUCACCUCACACCGAAAGAGAUGCUAGAGUUUUCGGGCGUCGUCGUCCAGGGCGAAAUGUUGUGCAUUCGCAUUUUUGUUCGCCACGCUAUGCGACAUUCAACAUACGAUCUACACUCACUGGGCACACAUCAGAGUCCGCAUUUCCAACGUCCGUUAACAGCCCCAAUGCCUAGGCAUCCUAAUAUCAAGCUCCCCGAAUCAGAAUACGCAGCAGUGAUGGACGAAUUGCAGAAACAGCUCAAUAACAACUUCUGCAACAGCACAGGAAGAGAAGAAAUCAACAGGGAAGGCGCUAUCUACAGAUAUCGCAGUGAUCUGUCCCAUGUCAGAUACUCGAAUGACGGCUCAGAUUCAUCUACAGAGCAGUCCUCAAAUCCAUCUGAAAUGCAGUCAGAGCCUAUCAUCCCUUCUCGUUACGCUCUUGGUUCUCGGUCAGAAUCUCACAUAUCAUCUGCCACGCCGCAAGAUUGGCAACAUCAUCCUUCAAGAUUACAACAUGAAUAUCUUCAGCCUUAUGGCCCAUACCCCGGUCCUGACGGCAUACAUGGGCCCAGUGUUCCCGCGACAACGCAUACGAGUAUUCCACAGUAUCACCAACAAUCUCCGCCGUACACACAGAGUCAGAACCUCCAUCCGCCACGGUCCACCUAUUGGUACUACAAUUCAUCGUGGACGCAUCACACGAUGCCGUAUCAUCCCUCCCAGACCAACUCGUUUCUACCGGAGAUGGCCAACCCUUAUGCCACUCAGCCCCCGCUAGCAGCAAUCGCAAAUCAGCCUAUGAGGCAUGAUUUCAUGCCUGGACAAGAGAAAGCUACUCUCCCUCAUACGGCUGCGGAUGCAUACGUGCCACGUCCCGAAGCUAAAGAGUUCAUCCCUGAAGCUGCGCGUAGAUCCGGGCUGCUCUAG